CACAGGAGCAAAGAAAGAGUGCCAUCAUCACGUGUGCUCUAGCAAAUGGGCCAGUAUAGAAAUCAUGGCCGAAAAGCCGCCUCGGGACGGCGAGAAGAGAUGCCGCGUGCCGAGCGAACCCACGGAAAAAACGGCGAGCCGGGCCCCGGAUGCCAGCCUGAAACGCCGCUGCCGUCGUGCCCACCGGUGGUCGUCCUCCCCACUAGCCAAGCUGUACGUCCAGCCUAUCACCAUGUGUGCGCUCGCGCCGUGCUCACUGUGCGAGACGGCCGCACCGCACUACCGUCCGUGCUUAAACCCCACCAACCUCGCGAACCGUAGUUAAUUAGCCUGUGACAGGCUAGCAGCUCAUCAGCAUCACUCUUCUUGCUAAGCUAGCUACCUCGCUCAGCUCAUCGGGGUAAGGUGUGGGAGGUGUUGCCGGCGGGGCCAUGGCGAUGCAGCGGGUUGCGGCGGCGGCGGCGCUGUUGGCCUGCCUGGCGAUGGCGGCGUCGCCGGUGCGAGGGCGCAACAUCACGGCCAUCCUGGACGGGUACAAGGAGUACAAGUUGUACAACAAGUACCUGUCGGAGACGAAGGUGUGCGACGAGAUCAACUCGCGGCAGUCGACGUCGAUGACCAUCCUCGUGCUCUCCAACGACGCCAUGACCACGCUCGCCUCCGACGCCGGCGACUCGCUCCCGGCCAUCAAGAACGCGCUCCGCCUCCACUCGGUGCUCGACUACUACGACCGCAAGAAGGUCAAGAAGUACGGCGACGAGAGCGCCGCCACGCUGUACCAGGCCACCGGCGACGCCGCCAGCACCACGGGCAACGUCAAGGUCGUCGACCAGGAGGACAAGAACUACGCCUUCUCCGCUGCCACCCCCGGCGCCAGGCUCUGCACCGUCACCAAGGAGGUCGAGACCCACCCCUUCAAGUUCGCCAUCCUCGAGGUCACCGCGCCCAUCGAGUUCGACGGCCUCUUCGACACCCCGGCCACCUCCAACCUCACCCGCCUCCUGGAGCGCGCCGGAUGCAAGGUGUUCGCGUCCCUCGCCGCCCGCACCGGCGUGCUCAAGACCUACGAGGACGCUAUGGACAAGGGGCUCACCCUGUUCGCGCCCAACGACGACGCGUUCCAGGCCAAGGACGCGCCCGACGUCAAGACCAUGUCCACCGCCAACCUCACCAGGCUCCUCCAGUACAACGCGCUGCCGUCCUACAACACCAAGACGUCGCUCAAGUUCGUCAAGGGCACACUCCGCACCAUGGCCAGCACCAAGGCCGGCAAGGACGGCGUCACCGUGGUCGCCAAGGGCGACGACGUCUCCCUCGACACCGGCAAGGCCAGGUCCCGCGUCGCGGACACCGUCGUCGACAGCGUGCCCUUCUCCCUGCUCACGCUGGACAGCCUCCUCGUGCCGCCGGAGCUCUACGUCGGCGCACCGGAAGCCCCGGCGCCGGAGCCGUCGCCCGCGGAGACGCCCGCGUCGCAGCCGGCGGACGCCCCGUCGGUAGCCGCGGACCAUGCGGCCGACCACAAGACCAAGAAGCCGUCGUCCGCCAUCGCGUCGCGGCCGAUCGGCGCGCUCGCCGCCGCCGCGUGCUCCGUCGUGCUGGCCUCCCUGUUGUUGUGAUGGAGCUGAACAUUCGGCAGCGCAUCCGUUGUCGCCUGACAACAGCUUCGCCUCCUUCACCAAACACGAUACUCCAUUUUCCCUGCGAUCUCUCCACCGCCCUGUGUCCGGCCGUUCGUUGAUUGAAUUUGUUGCCGCAUUGCAAUUAUACUCUGUGUAAUUUGAGAAAACCCUGUACAUUUUUCCUUCCUUUUUUCCUGAUAGUUUCAGAACACAUUCUCCGGUUGCAGAGCAGUAGUGUGCCAUUUUCGCAUCGCACACCAUCCAGUUCCUGAGAUCCAGUCCCGUUUCAGGCGAAAAGAUUCUUCAAGUAGUGGAAAGAGGGAAAGGGAAGUCAAACGAGAAGAGCAGAUCUCGGCGCUAAGUUAUUUACUGAAGCAGCAGAUCUGGAAACUUUACUGGUCCCGACUGGAGUGGAGUGCAGGUGGAUAUGCUUAACUGCGUUGCGGUGGGUCAUAAAAUUGGAGGGAGCUGAUCACGCGAGCCCUGUCCUCUGAUCGACUAAAAUCUGGUGUCUUCCUCUUCUGAAAAAAAAAGGUCACGGUCUUCAUGUUCGACGGUCAUGAUAAUCAACCACAGCGUUCAUGCACUAUACAACU